ACCUGACAUAUGUGUUUUUACAAACACUCAGGGUUUGUACUUUCUGGGAUCUCAGAAGGCAGCACGGUGUUCUCUCCAUUUCACUUUCCGACAGGCCCCGGGAGCAGUGACUGGCUCACCACACUGCAGGAACCGGCCCAUUUUGGCCACAGCACAUGAUAUUCACUUUUAUCAGCCUAAUAACAAGCCCCCCGUCCAUUCUCUGUCCAGCUGACCUGUUCAUUUCAGAGUGUCCACAGCCAAGUCUGAUUAUAGGAGGCAGGGAGGCUGCAGCCCCAAACAGCUGGAACCCGUUUCAGUGAGACAGGCAGCCACAUUGUCUGGGUUUUAAUUUUUAAUCCCUUAUUUUAAGAAGCCUCGUCAGUGCACAGUGCCAGGACCUGCCAUUGGGCUGGGUAUUUCAUUGACACCAGGCAUGGAUCUGUCCCCGAGCAUCCAGCACGCUACAGCCUGUGUUAUACCAGUGCGAUACACUCCGAUCGGCCUGCGCAGAGGAAACAAAACCAGAAAUCCCAACCAUCCUCUGCACCAGUAAAUCCUUCCAGGAAGGACUACAACUCCCAGGAAUACCCUGCAAGAGAGCAGCUCUCACAACAGAGCAGGCUGGGUGCAUUAAACACAGCAACAAGGGAGACCAGAGCCCGGUGCUUCCCCCAGCAAAACCUCUGUGGAUUAUGCUCUAAAUCUAGCCUCUAUUUGCUCUCCAAGCAGGGACUAAUCCCCCCCCCGCCCCCCAGCUCAGCUGCGUUUCUGUUUGCUGUGCUGUGUCCCCUGGUACUUUACUGAGCUGGACACAAGCUGGUGGCCUGAGGCUGAGUUUGCAGCCAUGAUGAGAUGCAGUGAGAGCAGAGAGCAAGCAGGCGUGAGGAAUGCUAAGAGAACUAACUGAACCCUGUCACAGAGUGGUCUGGAGCCUUCGUUAUUUUCCAUUUCUCUGCUGAGAAACCCAGUCUGGCCAGAGGAAAGAGAAGCAAGGGAAACGCCUGGAAAGAUUUCUGCUCAGUACCCGAAGAAUCCAUGAACAAAAAGAAGCAGCAUCAUACAAAAUACAUUGAACUGCAGUGAACAGCCUCAGAAAGACACAAUGAGAAUGGUUUCUAGGGCUGUGAUAAUGGGAAAAGCUGCAGGACCUGGUGAAAUCUGAAACCAAAGAGGAACCUAGGAGAGAAAUUCACUCCUGGUGAAAGAAGACCCAGCACACUUGCCGAUAUUAGACUAUGGAGACUAUGUGAUGUGUGGACAGAUUUCCAGAGCAGAAUCUUCCUAAUGUAGCCCCCACUAGACAGAAACCCUAUGUGUCUGUACAGCACCUAGCACAAUGGAGCCCUGACCAGGUUAAGGCCCCUAGGUGCCAUUGCAGUAUCAAUGUUAAAUACUAAUACUAGAAAUACCUUUCCUGUGCCAUAAGCUGGAGGGGAAGGAAGAUGCUCAAAGCCCCACAGAGCCCUGACCUGGAUGACAGGCCGUACAAGUGCACCGAGUGCGAGAAGUGCUUCCGGCAGAAGAAAAUCCUCAAAGCCCACCAGAGCAUCCACACCGGAGAGAAACCACACACGUGUGCCGAGUGCGGAAAGAGCUUCCGGCAGAAGAACAACCUCCGGAAGCACCAGUGGAUCCACACCGGCCAGACUCCCCAUCAGUGCGCCGAGUGCGGGAAGCGCUUCAGUGAGAAGCAGCGCCUGUGGAAGCACCAGAAGACGCACACGGGGGAGACGCCGUAUGCCUGCCCCGAGUGCGGCACGCGCUUCAGCCACAAGCAUAACCUGAAAACCCACCAGCGGGUGCACACCGGCGAGACACCCUACAAGUGCCCCGAGUGCCAGAAAGGCUUCAAGCAGCAGAACCACCUCAUCAGCCACCUGCGCACCCACCGGGAGGAGAAGCUCUACAAGUGCACCCAGUGUGACAGGUUCUUCAGGAAGAAGCCCAACCUGCUGAAGCACCAGGAGAGCCACGUGGGGGACAGGCCCUAUCGCUGCAAGGACUGCGGGAAGACUUUCAAGCAGAACAACCACCUGGUGAGUCACCGGAGGACCCAUGCCGCAGGCAGCCUCUACAUAUGCACUGAGUGCGGAAAGAGCUACAGCCAGUGGGCGCACCUCACCACUCACGAGCGGGCCCACGCCGGGGAGGGCCAGCUGACCUGCAGCGAGUGCCAGUGAGGGCUUCGCACAGACAGUCUCAGAACACAUGGAUGAGAGACCCUCAAUAGAACUGAGCAUGGUACAGCUUCGUGGAGCAGAUGACUAAGAAAAGACCAGGAAAAUCAAGACUUUACCUAUUUAGAUUAUAUGCUUUUGUUCUGAGUUUGUACAGUGCCUACCACAGUGAGCCCUGGUCCAUAGCGAGGGUCGUAGGCACUCUGUAAUACAAAUAAUAAAUCAUAAUAUGCCCAGAGGUGAGUAGGAAAGCUUCACUGUGAAGCCAAUAGGAUGGUAAGUGGCAGAGAAUCAUCCACCCAAGAGAGGGAUUCUCUAGGUGUGAUAAUUACUAGACAAUUUCAGCAAUAAAUCUAAUCUUAGUAGGACAGGUGACUCUCUGGAGGAGAGGCGCUAUGUGCAUUAUGUGGAAAUCUGAGCAGCAAGAAGUGUGCUGUUAGAAUAGAUACAUGGAGCUGGAUAGAGUGUCACUAAUGAGUCCUCUAUGCCCCCGCAGAAUUUCUAGCAGAGAGAAUGAGUAUCAUUUUGUUAAAGUAUUUCUGCACAAUGCAUCAUGAAACACGAUGGCUACCUGCUGCAUUAUAUGUAGUUACAUGAUGGUCAUUUUGUUAUUCUCCAGAAUAACCAUCAGGUUUACACAUAGUUGUUGAUCAGUUUUCCAAUUAACAGCCUCUGUUUUCCUUUCUUGUUUAUUCAGGAGUUUCCUGGUUUUCCCCAGAAUGUUUCCAUUUGCAUGAGUUUCCCAGCCCAUCCUUUUAAAAACACCAUCUGUUCCCCAUGGAAAGUUCUGCCUUAUGUUUUUUCCCCAAAGAUACUGAAUUCAAUUCCUUCUGGUGGUCUGUGUUACGGAAAAACAAGGGGAAUAACAGAACAUAAGAAUGACUCUACUGGGUCAGACCAAAGGUCCCUCUAGCCCAGUAUCCUGUCUUCCAACAGUGGCCAGUGCCAGGUGCCCCAGAGGGUAUGAACAGAACAGGGAAUCAUCAAGUGAUCCAUCCCCUGUUGCUCAUUCUCAGCUUCUUGCAAACAAAGGCUAGGGACACCAUCCCUGCCCAUCCUGGCUAGUAGCCAUUGAUCGACCUGUCCUCCAGGAAUUUAUCUAGUUCUUUUUUGAACCCUAUUAUGGUCUUGGCCUUCACAACAUCCUCUGGCAAGGAGUUCCACAGGUUGACUGUGUGUUGUGUGAAGAAACACUUCCUUCUAUUUGUUUUAAACCUGUUGCCUAUUAAUUUCAUUUGGUGACCGCUAGUUCUUGUGUUAUGAGAAGUUGUAAACAACACUUCUUUAUCUACUGUCUCUACACCAGUCAUGAUUUUAUAGACCUCAAUCAUAUCUCCCCUUAGCCAUCUCUUUUCCAAGCUGAAAAGUCCCAGUCUUAUUAAUCUCUCCACAUAUGGAAGCCGUUCCAUACCCCUCAUCAUUUUUGUUGCCCUUUUCUGAACUUUUUCCAAUUCCAAUAUAUCUUUUGAGAUGGGGCGACCACAUCUGCACGCAGUAUUCCAGAUGUGGGCGUACCAUGGAUUUAUAUAGAGGCAAUAUGAUAUUUUCUGUCCUAUUAUCUCUCCCUUUCUUAAUGAUUCCCAACAUUCUGUUCCUUUUUUGACUGCUGCUGCACAUUGAGUGGAUGUUUUCAGAGAACUCUCCACAAUGACUCCAAGAUCUCUUUCUUGGGUGGUAACAGCUAAUUUAGACCCCAUCAUUUUAUAUGUAGAGUUGGGAUUAUGCUUUCCCAACUAUACAUGAGCGAAAAUUGCUAAAAUGAGAUUCUGCAGAGACCAACAUAUUAUGUGCCUAGUUCACCCCACUGGAACAUGGAUCAGUGCUCCGCAGGCCAAGCGCUUGGUCGAGUUCCGUUCAGGGAAUUCUUGUCAUCCAGGAGUGAGGCGAGUGAGAGGGUUUAUGGGCUUCUGUGUCCAUGACAGGCACAGCUGUGACAUGACGUGGCAUCUCCUGUCAUUCUAGGUCCUGAUCCUGGGAACAUACUAAUGUUUAACCCUUAGCACAUGAGCCCCCCCUUUGCAGUCAGUGGGAGGAUUCACCUGGUUAAAGCCAAGCACUUGUGUAAGUGUUUGAAGGAUCAGGGCCCUAAUUUGUAAACAUAUUUUUUUCCUUUCUGAGACUAGAAACCUCAUUUGAUCCUGGGAAGGGGAACAGAAACAAAGGGAUGAAUUUUUAACUGUCCCAGCAAAGAACAGGGUGAACAAUAGUUUGGGGUGAGUUAUUUAAACAAAAGGGCUAUUAAAGGGCUCAUUGAGAUGUAUCUAUUGUAGAACAAUCCCAGCAUCAGAGAAAAGAUUCAUCAGUUUUAAGGGCAAUAGGAACCAUUUAAUCAUCUAGUCUGAUCCCCUGUAUACUGUAGCCAAGAGAAUUUCACCCAGUUACACCUGAACUGAGCUCAAGCAUGUUUUCAGGGAAGACAGACCAUCCUGAUUUGAAGUAUCAAAGAAUGGCGAAAUCCACCACUUCCCUGGGUAAUUUGUUCUAGUGUUAAAAAUGCAUGUCUCAUUUCUCAUUUUAAUCUGUCUGGCUUCCACUUCCAGCCAUUAGUUCUUGUGAUGACUUUCACUGCUGGAUUAAAGAGCCGCGCCGCUAGUACCCAGUGUUUUCUCCCCAGAAGGGUACUUCCAGGCUGUAACCAAGUCAGCUCUCCGUCUUCUUUGUGAUAAAUUAAACAGACUGAGCUCUUUAACACUCUUGUGUGAAGGCAUUUUCUCCAGCCCCAUUUUUAUGGUUCUCUUCUGCACCAUCUCCAAUUUUUGAACAUCCUUUUUAAAAUGUCAAUACCAAAAUUGGACACAGUAGUCCAGUACUGGUCUCACCAAUGCUGUGCACAGAGGUAAAAAUUACCUCUCUACUUCUACUCACUGCUCCCCUGUUUAUCCAAGGAUCACACAACCCUUUUGUUUGCCACACUAUCGCACCAGGAGCUGAUGGUUAGUUGUUUGCUCAGCUGACCUCCUAGGUUUUUUCAGGGUCACCGCUUUCCAGGGUACAGCCUGUUGCUAUGGCUUGCUGUGGCCCACUGCUGCAUCCCCAGUCAGGUGCAAAAGACAAAAGGGGUUGAGUUAGCUGUCACCCCUUUCCAGCAGGGCACCACCAGCAACAGCGUUACACAGCAAAGUCACUGGUAGCAAACCAAACAAUCAUCCCCAGUCAGGUCUACUUUUCCUCGGGGAGGCUCUGGCAGGCGCGCUCGCUAGUCAGACUUCUCCUUCCUGGCCCUAGCCAGACUUCUGUGGCUCACAGACUGAGAGCUGGAGGUCUGCUCUUCCUCCCAGCCAGUUCACAGCUGAGCUGGGCUCUCCCCCUGGUAAUUUCCCCCUGCUAGUCCAGCACCUAUUGCAGGGCUGAAUGGGCCCGCAGCAGCUCGUUAACGCUCUCCAGCCAGCGUGGGGCAUGUGUACCCCAUCACACCUGCAUUCUUCGUUCCUAGCUGUUUGACCUCACAUCUAUUUAUCAAAUAUGGAUAUAAAAUCCCCUCAAAUUUCCACCCUUUCUUCUUUGAUAAUCAAACACUGCUACAAAAUCACUCCAAAAGUUUGCAUUUAUCAAAUAUGGACCUAAAAUCUCCUCAGAUUUUGAUCUGUUUCUCUCAUUAUCAAAUAUCAAUAUAAAUGAUAUUUUAGAUUUUUGCCAUUAUCCAAUUCUCAAAUACUGAUAGAAAAUUUCCUCAGAUUUUGGCCCUUUUAAUUCUAUACUACUAUAAAAUCACUUCAGAUGUUGCUUCUUCUCUUCAUAAUUUUAUUGAAUACCCUUAGAUUUCCCAUUUGGUCUUUCUAAUUAUUUAAAAUUGAUAUAAAAUCUUCUCACCCUGCACCAGUUUCCAUCAGAUUACUGAAUAAUCAUUAAAAUCUUCUCAGAUUAUGCCACUUUUCAUCCAAUUUUCAAAUAUUGACAAAACCCUCUUAAAUGUUCCCUCUCUCUCAGUUAUUGAAGAAUUAUUUAAAACUGCCUUUGCAUAUUGCCCCUUGUCGCUAAAUAUCAAAAUUUGAUUUUAAAAGCCUCAAAUUUAUCCCAUUUUCUCCCCAAUUCUCAAAUGUUGGUAUAAAAUCCACUCAUGCUUUGCCUCUCCUCUCUAAUUAUUAAGUAUUUAUAUAAAAUCAUCUCUGUUUUCUAUCUAAUUUUCAAAUACAAAUAUAAAACUCCAACUUGGGGUUUCCCAUCCUGCCUAACUGCAGCAACGUCUCUUCAUUUUGGAGGGAAACUGCUGCCCUGCGUUUUUAACUCAGAUGGGCCCUUGCUCCGGAUUAACUGCAUUGACAGGCUGACACUGAAAUACUGGUGUGAGCAAGAUUGGAACCCGGGGCUGCCAAGGGUCAGGCCCUUUCUGUGAUACUCGUGCGCUGGGCACCGUGUCAAGUCAGCCGCAGCCUGGCGGGACCCUCGCACACUCAGCCGGACCGUGGGCAGCAGCUGCAGUUCCUGCUCUGGGGCACCUGGCGUUGGAUUGGAGGCAGCCAAGUGGUCUCGUUGCCUCUCGGCGUUCUCUGACACCCCGCUCGCAGGCCCUUGGGGAGGAGGUGUAGCAAUGGUAGUGGAAGAUGAUAAGCAGUGGGGGACCUGAGGAUCAAGGGAGGGAAGAGAAGAGGGCUGGAGAAGGGGGAGAAAAUGGGGCAGGGGCAGAAUCAUAGACUAAGUUCAGAAGGGACAAUUACAAUCGUCUAGUCCAACCUCCUGCACAGCGCAGGCCACAGAAUCUCACCCACCCACACCUGUAACAAACCCGUGACCUAUGUCUGAGCUACUGAAGUCCUCAAAUCAUGGUUUAAGAAUGGGGGAGGCUGCCCCAGAUCCCCCAUUCCCUCAACAGAUGCCUGGUUCCCUCUGCCCCCAAAAAACCCCCCAGCCUCUCCCUCCCAACACACACAGCCAUUGCCAGGCUGCCCCUGGCUCUGCCACUGCCCUGGAAACCUCCAAGCUCAUCUCUCCUCCCGCCAUCACCAACAAUCUGUAACCAUCACCCCCUGUGAUUGCUGUGACACCAGCCCGGCUCCCUGGCAGUGCCCCGGAGGCACCUCUAACCAGGCCAGUGCUGCGAGCCCAUAUGACUCUAACAGCUG